AUGCUCGUUAAUGAAUCAGGGUCUCAGCAUUCGCUCGACCAGUUGGUGCUCAAUGAUGGCGCAAGAUCACCUGUUGUGGACUCGAGGUUGAACAGACUGCCAACAUUGUACGAGGUAUUUAACAGGCAGACUGAUUCGCCUGUUGAUCUGUGGAGCUUUUACGUCUAUAUGAGAGACUAUCAGAACGCGGUGGACUACCUGGACUUUUGGAUUGAUGCCAUCACACAUCUCAGGCUGUGUAAGGACUACGUUAGAGGGCUUCGAGAAAGCCUGAUCAUUAGUGAAAAGCACAAAUCAAGCUCGAGUGAAAAGAACAAAAACACUUCGAGUGAUACUGAUAAUAACGCUGAGGAGAAUAGGAAGUCUGUCACGUCAAGCUUGUUGCUGGAUGCAUUGCUGAACGAAGGGCUACUGGAUGAUACUGAUAACAGACGGGUCUCCAAUUUCCUUCAGGGCCAUGAAUUCAUACGCAAUUCUGACCCAAGAAUAAGUGAAAUCUUUGGGGAUGCUUCACAGCGUACAAGCCUUGUUGGUUCCAACGAUGGUAUUGCCACAAGUAAACGAGGCUCUUUGAGAGUACUACCUGAACAAUUGGAAAAGUACGUUGCAAAUGUUAAAAGUGGGAACAUUACACGUGCAACGCUAAAGUCAUCCUCAAAGAACAUUGUAAACACAUAUUUCCAGGAAAACUCAUCAAAGAAAUUGAUCAUCCCAGAUAGAAUCGUGAGAAAAAUCAAACAUGAUGUUGAAUUACAGGGACGUGAUGAUCCUGAUGUGUUUGAAGACGCAAAGAACUAUAUCUAUUCUGCGAUGGAACGUGACUCAUUUACGUACUUCCUUCAAAAGAAUUGUCUGCACAAUUUGAACUAUAGAUCGUGUCUCUAUAGACUAAUUCUUGGGCUCUUCAGUUUCUUUGCUGCAUUUUGGAUCUCCUACACACUGAUAUUUGUCAAUGUUCAGCCAAAGGCUAUAAGAGCAGUGAUUCUCGUACCAUUUUUCCUAGGUACGUAUCUUAUACUCACUUUCCUCUAUAAAUUGGAUCCAUUGAUGGUUUUCCUACGUUAUAGCGAUAACCCAGAGCUAAGAAGGGUUAAAACGGUCAAGAGAAGACAUUUCUUGAGAAACUUAAAAGAGCCAUUCGUUGUCAAGUUGUUACAAAAGAGAUCUCUAUGGGUGCUGUUCUUGGCUUGUGUCAUAAGUGCUGCGUUUAGUGUGCUGUUUGGUCUAGUGCCAGGCCACAGAAUAUAA